AAAGGUAAAGUAAAAAAUAGAGAUCCACUAGACAAAAUCGAAAACGCGUCUUUGUGUCUCCGAGAGGAAUUUAGAGAAAAGCUUCUCGAGAUCGCAUCGGGCUCGUAGAUCCAUCUCCUCCUCCAUCCCCGUCUUCCGUUUUCUGAUUCGCCGUCCGGUAAGACCUUCCGGUAUUUGUGAAUCGGAGAAGAGGAAGGCGAAAUAUUCUCGCGUUCCUGGAAAUUGAAUUUCUAGGGUUUCGUUUUUUUUUUAAUUAUUCUGAUUUCGAUUUCGUCAAGGGUGUUUUUCUUAAUUGGUUGAUUGAUCGUAUUUCGGGUUCAAUUGUUGAAAAGUAAUUGAACAGCUAUUGAAAUCUGCUUCUCGUGAUUUGAUUCUGGGUUUCGUUAAUUGGGUUGUUUCGAGGUUAUUUUUGGUUUUAUCCUUUUUGAUUUCUAUACGAUCAAUUUCUCAUUGAGAAGAAUACGAUGGCGGCAGGGGGUGUUGAUGUCUCCAGAAGUUCUGUUGCCGUCGAAAAAGACUACGACUUUUACAGGAAUGGUUCUCGUGAUGUGUAUGUUCGACAGAGUGGUAGAGAUGCCGAGAGGCGUCAAAUCAAACGGCCUAGUGACCAUGAUCUCAGGAGGAAUGAUGGGCGUCACCGAUCACGGUUGGCUUAUGAGAAAGGGGAACUACGAGAGGAAGCGGAGGUUCAGAGACCCUCUGAGAAAAGGAGGAAGUUUUCACCCAUCUUGUGGAAUGCAAAAGAAGAUAAAGUGGGUAGAGCUCCGUCUGGGGAGAAGACAAGGUCUCCUUUCCCUAUUCCGACUACAACUGUGAUAUCCAACCAGGCUGUUGCUGGUAAGACUUCUUCAAAGGAUCAAGUUAAUUUUUUGAUGUCGCCAGAACCUAGUUAUCUUGUUCCAGUGCAGCCUUUAGAAGCCAUGCUGUCUGUGAAACAUUCCGUUGAUGAUUUGGAGGAGGGUCAGUUGGAGGAAGAACAGGUGAUGCAGAAGCAUGUAAAAGAGGGUCUGUUGGAGGAAGAACAAGUGAUGCAGGAACCAUGUAUUAAGACAUCUAGGUGGGGGACAGGUUUGACUUCCCCAAAGGAGGAGUUAAUAUCUCAUGCUGAUAAUGUUUCCAAGACUAGUAGAUGGAACAGGAGCAGUUUGACACCGGAGUGCGAGGAAGUAAUGGUGUCUGAAGAACCGCAGUGCUAUUCAUCUGGAUCUGGCAGUGGACAUCGCAGCGUAGAGAAUCUUAGUGCAGAUGAAAAUUCUGAUCGUGAGUAUUGUAGUUCUGAUCAUGAUGAGUUAGAAAAUGAAGAUCCAGAUUCUUCAACUCAGGGAGGGAUGGACAUGAUGCUUGGGAGCAGGUCUGUGAAUGAAUUUCAGAAGCUAAACAAGAUAAAUGAAGGAACGUAUGGAAUUGUUUACAAAGCAAGAGAUGAGAAAACAAAGGAGAUUGUGGCGCUCAAAAAGAUCAAGAUGAAGGAAGAUAGGUUCGAAGAAGAGUAUGGAUUCCCUUUGACAUCGUUGAGGGAAAUUAACAUACUUCUGUCAUGCAAUCACCCUGCGAUUGUGAAUGUGAAGGAGGUUGUGGUUGGAGGGAAAAACGAUAGUGAUGUAUAUAUGGUCAUGGAACACUUAGAACACGACCUGAGGGGUGUAAUGGAUAGAAGGAAGGAACCUUUUAGCACUAGCGAAGUCAAGUGCUUGAUGAUGCAGCUGUUGGAUGGUUUAAAAUACCUCCACACAAAUUGGAUUAUCCACAGGGAUCUGAAGCCAUCUAAUCUUCUAAUGAACAAUUGUGGGGAGUUAAAAAUAUGUGAUUUUGGGAUGGCACGCCAGUAUGGGAGCCCUAUCAAGCCGUAUACCCAGAUGGUUAUUACUCAGUGGUACAGGCCACCUGAACUUCUUCUAGGAGCAAAAGAGUACUCUACAGCAGUUGAUAUGUGGUCAGUUGGUUGCAUUAUGGCUGAACUGUUGUCUCAAAAGCCUUUGUUCCCGGGCAAGAGUGAGCUUGACCAACUUCAAAAGAUCUUUGCGGUCCUUGGAACACCAAACGAGGCAGUCUGGCCUGGAUUUUCAUCAUUCCCGAAUGCGAAAGCCAAGUUUCCUACACAACCUUACAAUAUGUUACUCUAUUAACUUUGGAUCCUGAGAAACGUCUAACAGUGGAAGAGGCUCUCAACCAUGGUUGGUUCCAUGAAGUCCCGCUACCAAAAUCCAAAGAUUUCAUGCCAACAUAUCCUCCAAAGUGGUAACUGUAAAAAACCUGCCAUCAUUUGAAGGAGAGGAUGUCAACAAAUAUAUAUGCGCGGUACACAGGGAAGUCUGACUGGUCCUAUUUUUGGUAUUUUCCUUAUUUACUCAAAAAGACUUGUUUUCAUCUUUUCUUAACUCAGUUCUUUGUUGGCUGGAGAUUCAGGGUAUUCUAGUGUACCAUUUAUUCGGAAUCAUGUGUAAAUAUAUGUCCGUAAAACUGAAAGGUGUGUUUCUCUCUUUUCGCUUAGAACCCUAAUGGGAUGAGUUUAUUGUUAUCAAGUGAUGUACACCCUAUUGACUCACAGGCUUCAAUGGAAGAAAUUUCAGUUUUCUUGUCUUUUUUUUAUAGUAAUUGGGUUGGGAUGGUUAUUGUUUAUGUCCUCAUAUUUCUUUGUGCCUUGUUUUUUAUUCACGAGGUAAAUGCAAAGAGUUUAUCACAAACGUGGAAAAAGGAAGUUGACAUCAGUAAGUUUAUGUUGAUUACUUAUUUACCACGCUCUCUAUCAAUGUUGGUUUGUUGUUGGAUGUCCCUUUUGUCUUUGAGGUGUUCGUGUUUGGUCUGAUGGCACAGUGAGAAGAAGAUGAUUCUGUGAACAUAAGAGGUAGUUGGCAAUGGUCUUUUCUAUGUUACUCCGAACAUAAUAAUGGUUUUGAGAUGAGCUUUAGAAGAGCAAAAUAAAAUUUUCUUCAACACUAUAUAACCCUUGUCAUCCUUUCUCGUUGGCUUUGUAAACAGCCAAGUUAAUCAAUUCAGUGACGAAUCAAAAAAAAAAAAAGAAUCAGCAUCAUCUUGAUUCUUGGUGGGUAUGUCAAUGCCUUCAAAAUAAAAUACAGGUGUUCUACAAACCACCGAUUUAAUAUGAGAAAACUCUAUUUUGCAAGACAGAUACGGACAUCGAUUAUCUUUCCUUGUUCCAAAUGUGAAUCGGCACGGUCCUUAGUCUUUGCUUGCUCCCAGCUUCUUGUCGUUGCCAUGCUUCUUCCCCAUUCCAACUCCAAUGAAUUUGCCAGUUCUUUUGUCAAUUGUUUUUAUGAGUAGCAUUGAAUUACACUUCAUCCAGCCUUCUCGUGGCUUCUUCCAUCCUUCAUUUCUAGUGAGGACAGUGAUAUUCUUAUUCAUUUAUGUUUUCUCCAGACACACUUGUAACCAUUCCUCUGUAUUAAUUAACCUUUACAUGCUGCA